GCCUGACGGGAUUGUGGCGGUGUCCGUCCCGACUCGGAAGCCGCCGCCGCCUCCGGACGCGCUCAAGAUGGCGACCUCGCUGGGUUCCAACACGUACAACAGGCAGAACUGGGAGGACGCGGACUUCCCGAUUCUGUGCCAGACGUGUCUUGGAGAAAACCCGUAUAUCCGGAUGACCAAAGAGAAGUAUGGAAAGGAAUGCAAAAUCUGUGCCAGACCCUUCACAGUAUUUCGCUGGUGUCCUGGAGUUCGUAUGCGUUUCAAGAAGACCGAAGUGUGCCAGACCUGCAGCAAACUGAAGAAUGUCUGCCAAACCUGCCUGUUGGACCUGGAGUAUGGCCUGCCCAUCCAGGUUCGUGAUGCAGGGCUGUCGUUUAAGGAUGAUAUGCCCAAGUCUGAUGUCAACAAAGAGUACUACACGCAGAAUAUGGAGAGAGAGAUUUCUAACUCAGAUGGAACACGGCCCGUCGGCAUGCUCGGGAAAGCCACUUCCACCAGUGAUAUGCUUCUCAAGCUGGCGCGGACCACACCUUACUAUAAAAGAAAUCGACCCCAUAUUUGCUCCUUCUGGGUAAAAGGAGAGUGUAAGAGAGGAGAGGAGUGUCCAUACAGACAUGAGAAGCCUACAGAUCCAGAUGACCCCCUUGCUGAUCAGAAUAUUAAAGACCGGUACUAUGGGAUCAAUGACCCUGUGGCAGACAAACUUUUAAAGCGGGCAUCAACAAUGCCCCGUCUGGACCCGCCAGAGGAUAAGACUAUCACCACACUCUAUGUUGGUGGUCUGGGGGACACCAUUACCGAAACAGAUCUAAGGAAUCAUUUCUAUCAGUUUGGAGAGAUCCGGACGAUUACUGUUGUCCAAAGACAGCAGUGUGCUUUCAUCCAGUUUGCCACAAGGCAGGCUGCAGAAGUCGCUGCUGAGAAGUCCUUUAAUAAGCUGAUUGUCAAUGGCCGAAGGCUCAAUGUGAAAUGGGGAAGGUCCCAAGCAGCUAGGGGGAAAGAAAAGGAGAAGGAUGGAACCACAGAGUCUGGGAUCAAGCUCGAGCCUGUCCCGGGACUGCCUGGAGCACUUCCUCCUCCUCCUGCAGAAGAAGAAUCCUCUGCCAACUACUUCAACCUGCCCCCAAGUGGUCCUCCAGCGGUGGUGAACAUUGCCCUGCCACCACCCCCUGGUAUUGCCCCUCCCCCACCCCCAGGUUUUGGACCACACAUGUUCCAUCCAAUGGGACCACCCCCUCCUUUCAUGAGGGCUCCAGGACCAAUCCAUUAUCCUUCUCAGGACCCUCAGAGGAUGGGAGCUCAUGCCGGGAAACACAGCAGCCCCUAGCGCAUUCUCCCCACUCUGAGGCUCUGCCGAAAAGAAGGCGCAUGAAAAUCCCAGUAUAUGAACCUUGGAAUAAAUUUAUUUUUCCUUUCUUUGUAGUUUCCAUGGUAGCUGAAUAUGUUCAGAUGUGGGCAGUUGGACAGUCGUGCUUUCCUCCAUGUAUUCAGAGGAUUGAUGGGCUGCAGAUAAGCUGCCGUCAGCACAUCUGGUUUCUGCUAGAACAUUACUAAUAGACCUAAUGUCACUUCCCCUCAUCUCCAUGGGGAACAGGAACUGCAAAUCGGAAAGUCCUACUCUGAGUUACCAUCCCAAUGGAACAUUUGUUUUGUAUCUUUGCAGGGUAUGGGGGGAGAAAAUUGACCUGUGGUUAAAAAAUAUCCUAAAAAAAAUUUUUUUGAUCAUUUUUAUAUCCACUGGGUAUUUUCCUUUUUAUCAUCUAAAAAUGUAUCAUCUAAAACAAAGAUUUCUCGUACUAAUCAUUGUAGUGACCUGAGUGUGAUUUAACACUUCUGAAGUCACACCUCAGAAAGGCAAGUCGGAACCAGCACCCAGCAUAAUCCAGGUCUUUCCUUUCCUCUCUUUUCCUCAUUUAUGGCUAAAGGAAUUGCUGAUAAUUUUACUUCUACGCUACCAAAAAGAGAGAAAAACUAAAGUUCUUAUACCUAUCAAUUGGAUGGA